CUUCAGCCACGCCCCCUCGCUGCCUGCAAAAAAAACAGCAGCGGCGGCCGUUGGGGGGGAAGAGAGUAAAUAGAGAGAGAAGCCUCAAGAUGGCUGACUCGCAGGGCUCCGUUCACCUCACCGGAGCUGCUGCCGCUGCGGUAGCCCCGGCGGUCGCCCCCGUGAAAACCCCGCUCGCCAAGCCGACGGAGGGGAAAGGAGCCCCUGACAACCGCUCUCACACUUCCCGGGAUUCCAACCCGCCGCCGCCGCCCAAGAAGGUCCGAGUCGAGGAGAGGAGCGUUAAACCCAAGAAACUCAACGGCAGCGGCAAAGAGAAACUCCAGCAGCCGACGAAGCAGCAGCAGCAACAGCAGCAGCAGAGUUACGGCAGCUUCAGCUCGGUGCCUGCCACCGGCGGAUCCCAACCACCGACAAACACACACAAAGUCUUCAAACAGAGCGAUUUCUUCCUCCACAAGCCGCCUUCUUCUUCCUCCUCCAAACCCAAGAAGCCGAGUAAAGACAAACAGCGGGAGAAAGAGAGGGAGAAGGGGAAAGGAGGCGGAGAGGAGAAAAAGAAACAUAAACAACAGCCGUUGUUGUUGACCUCCGGAACCGGGAGUAACGCUAGCAACAACGAUAUCAGCAGAUUUAAUAACAUUUCUGCAGUGAAGAGAGAAAAUGGGGAGGUCACGUUGCCACCAAAAGAGCACUCCACCAAGGACAAGGCAAAGGAGAGAGACAGAGAGGAGCGGGAGAAGAAGAAGGUCAAGGAAAGAGAGAGAGAGAAGAAGAAGCACAAAGUGAUGAACGAGAUCAAGAGGGAGAACGGAGAGGUCAAGCAGCCGAUUAAAGAUGAAAAAGAGAAAGCCAAGACCAACUUAGAGGAGCUGCAAAUCAAAAAAGUGAAGAAGAAAAAGAAGAAGAAACACAAAGAGGGGGAGAAGCACAAACGAGUGAAGAUGUACCACCGCUCCUGCCAAACCAUUUGCGCUGGCCUGCUUCUCCUCCCGUCUUCCUCCCCGCCCCCCACCUCUUCAUCAUCUUCAUCCUCCAAUCCCGCACAGAACUCCUCCCCGUCUCCCUUUAAGUCCCCGCUACCUGUUUACCCUCCACCUAACAACAAAACUGCACAUCUGCCCUCCUCCGCUCCUCUUGCCUCAAAAUCCCUCUUUAACUCCUCUCUACCUGACUCUCUCAACUCUCCAUCGUCCUCCAUCAAGACCCCGCAACCUUCGCCAACCAAACACCUGCCGCAGUGCACCUAUCCUGGCAUGUCGGGCCUGGAGUUUGCCCCCUACAUCCACAUAGAGAACCAGCCGAACGGAGGGGCACUGGUGGCCCACGCCUACAUGUCCCAGCUCUCCUCUCUCUCCAUGGGCCAGAGGCAGAGGUUUGCCCAGGAGUUUGUCACCUUGGCGUUCAGCGAGGACUCAUCCCAGGCGUCGCAUUAUGUCAUGGGAAUUGUUCACGGGGAAGCUAGCUACCUGCCCGACUUCUUGGACUACUUCUCAGCCAAGUUUCCAUCAACUCCAGUCAAAAUGGAAAUACUGGCAAAAAAGGACAUAGAAACCACCACGAUGGCUAAUUUCUACUCUCAGGUGAAGAAAACGUACAGUCACGGUACAUACAGAGCCGGGGCAAUGAGACAGAUCAGCCUGGUGGGAGCCGUGGACGAGGAGGUCGGGAAUUAUUUCCCAGAAUUCCUAAGCAUGCUGGAGGAGUCACCCUUCCUGAAGCGGACUCUUCCAUGGGGAACGUUCUCCAGUCUGAGGCUGAUGGAUCCCACAGAGAGUGACGAUGGUCCCAUAAUGUGGGUCAGGCCAGGAGAGCAGAUGAUACCUGUAGCUGAUAUACCCAAGUCCCCUUUUAAAAGAAAGCGCUCCACCAAUGAGGUGAAGAACCUGCUUCAGUCUCUGCCCAGGACCAGCGAGCCCAGAGAGAUGCUGUUUGAAGAUCGGACUCGAGCCCACGCUGAUCACAUCGGUCAGGGUUUUGAACGUCAGACCACAGCAGCCGUCGGCGUGCUGAAGGCCGUUUGCUUCGGAGAAGGCUCGGAGCCUCCUUGUGUAACCAAAGACGUCGUGUGUUUCCACGCCGCUGAUUUCUCCUAUGUAGUUCAAAGGCUGCAGUUGGACUUACAUGAACCUCCUCUGUCUCAGUGUGUGCAGUGGGUGGAUGAUGCCAAACUCAACCAGCUGCGUCGGGAGGGCAUCCGCUACGCCCGCAUCCGCCUGUGCCACGAUGACGUCUACUUCAUCCCCCGCAAUGUGGUCCACCAGUUCAAGACCGUGUCGGCCGUCUGCAGCCUGGCGUGGCACGUGCGCUUAAAGCAGUACCACCGAGGAGAGGGAGAAGAAGAAGAGGAGGAGGAAGAGGGGGAGGAGGUGAAGGAGGAGGAGGAGGAGGAGAAGUCGGUUGAGUUGAAGGAGAAGGAGAGGGAGAUGGUGGAGUUGAAGGAGGAGGGGGAGGAGGAGGGGAAGGGUGAAAAGAAGGGUGAAAAAGGAGCGAAGGAGAGGAUAAAGGAGGAGGACGAGGAGUUGGAUGUGGCAGAAAACAGGACGUUGCCGGCUGUUAAAGUAGAGGAAGGGGAUCAUGGUCUUCCUCACCCUCAACAUCCAGCUGUCUCGUCUCAGCCUGCUCUUUCAGUGGACUCGGACUUGAGCGGCGCAAGAGACAGAGAGGAGGAGAAGAGGGUUAAAGAGGAGGGAAAACCCAAACAGCAGGAUUCACCUCCUGCUAAGGUGAAAGCAGAACCUCCAGCGUCUCCUCACUGCAAGAAUAAAUCCCCUUCAUCCCUCCCUCUGUCACCUCCCGCCUCUCAUCCUCUUCAUCAGGACACAAAACCCAAAGCAUCAUCAAAACAUCAUUUACAUCAACAUCAUUCAGACAGCAAAAUGACGUCUUCCAGUACAAGUUCCUCCUCCUCCUCAUCUUCAGCUCCCAAAUCCCCCCUCUCUCGAUCUGUUUCCAAGUCUUCCUCUUCUUCUUCUUCAUCACCUCCAGCUGGAUCUACUGUCACUCCCAUGCGCUCCUCUUCUUCUGCUCCCAAUCCAUCCUCUCCUGUUCUGUCCACCUCAUCGUCAACCUCCUCUACAUCAUCCCUGGCUAGUCCCAAACCUUCGGUGGACUCUCACUCCGCACAUCAUCCACCCUCGCAUCUCUCUGCACUCCCUCCUUCCACCGUUUCCUCGUCUUCCUCGCUGCCUCCCUCCUCUCAGUCAGACAAACCGAAGGACAAAGACUCGCAAAGAAUCCCUUCAGACACACGGACACAGUCAGAGGUUCGAGCAUCGCACAGGUCGCAGGCCAAAGGAAAACACGCCGCGGACGUACAGACACACACUCGAACGGCGACGGAUGCACGGACACACACGCUCCCGGAGAAAUGGACUCACAGCAGCGCCGAAUCGGAUUCGCAGCUACUUCCGCCGCAGGACGCGGCGAGGCAAGGACUUUACAUGCAGCAAUACACACCCCAGCAUCUCCCACCUCCUCCUCCUCACCCUCACCUCCCUCAGAUGCUCCCUCCCUCCUUCCCCCCUCUCCUGCCACACUCCCACCACCCUCACAGACCUCCCAUCCUCCCCCCGAACCCGCUAUCCAACCCCUCUCUCCCCUCCCAAACCCAAAAUCUGAACUCUUUUCUCAGUCACAAACCAGCACCGCACUCAGUUCACAUGAGCCAGCUUCACCUGCACCAACCGAAUAUCACCACCCAGUCUCAACCUUACUACCCCCAGCCUCCCCUAAUCGCCCCCCAUACCUCCCCCUCUCAACCAAACACUCCCCUCACCAGCUCACACUCUCACCUCCCUCACCCACACCAGUACGCCAAAACCUUCUUCCCCCCUCAGCAUCCCCACUUCCCCUCUCACCACUUCCUCCCGCCUCAGUCUUUCCUCUCUCCCCCACCCAGCUCCUUCCCGCUACAGUACCAAACCUCAGCACCAGCGCAGGUUCAGCCCCCUCCGUCUCAGUCUUUCCCUCACCCCCCUCCUCCGCCUUCCUCCUCACAAUCUCCGCCUCCCCCACCUCCUCCCCCACUUCCACCUCCUCCUCCCCAGCCUUCCCUGUCUGUCCUUUCCCUUCCCCCAAAGCAUGAAGAGGAGCAGAAACAGAUUUUAUAGUAGUAUUUUGUACAUAAUGAUGCUGUUUCUAAAUGACUGUACAUGUACAGGGUUUUAUUUUGGUUGUGUUGUUGUAAAACGAUGUAAAAAGGAAAGACAGUAUCGUAGUUUAUAAAGCAGAGUUGGACUUUAUUUACCCCCAGACCUCUGAACUGGACUGGUUUCGAUUGUACUGAAUUUGAUGCUUGGUUGCGCUCGAGUUCAAAAAUAAUGAGAAUUUAUUGCAUUUACUGGUAGUUUUGGUGGUUAGUCGUGUAUGGGUUCAGGUUCAAGGUUCGAAUGUGCUCCCAGUUUUGUCAAGUCUGCCAAACUGCUGUCUGGUUCUGUUUUUUUUGAUGUCAGAGUAACCCUCUAAAAUAUCAUCAGAAUAUCUGUGAGCCAUCAGAGGUAGGAAGAGAAUUUUAAAAAAAAAAGGUAAAUUUCUGCAGACAUAUUUAUAUAAAAAGAAAAAGGUCACGAGGACGGCCUUUUCGUGAAACUUGCAGCUAAUGCUUCCAUUUUUGUGGCUUUUUUUCUAGUAUAUAUACUUUGUGCCCAAGACUGUUUCUGAAAUAACGAUGGGUCAAACUGUGAUAUUACACAAUAGUGUCGUAUUGAUGUAAUAUUACUACAUUUCUUCUACUAUAUUGUAUUGACACAUCUUCAUCAAUACAGUAUAUUGCAGUACUUCUCCCUAAUAUUGUAAUUUGAGCAAUAAUGCUCUGCAAUAAUCUGCAUUUCCCAUUUAUUGAUAUGGCGACAGGAAAUAUCAGUAUUUUUUAUGCUAAUUUCAAAGCUACUGAUAAAAAGCCAGUAAUGUCCUGUUGAAAGAUGUUCACUGAGGAUUCAUCGUGUCUAAACAGAAUUAGCAGGUGUCUUUUUUUUUUUAAUCAGUUCCAGUGUUUUUUUUGUGCUACUAAACAAAAGGAGAGAACCCUGUUUUAAAUUAUAAAUCAGUAUAGUAACCCACAGUAUACAUUUACACUGUACUGAAACCAUAAAGAGAGUCACAGUUUAAAGUAUUUAGAUGAUCUUGUACCUCCUUAGCAGUGGCAGAGCUCUUGGUGUAAUUUUGCUGUGUUUUCAGUGUCUUUUGGAUGUGUACCAAGGUCUCCUAAUUUUGGAAACCAAGCACUUUCUUCUCAGCCAAGGAAGAAUUCGACCCAGCCAAGGCUGCUACACAAACAAGCCUUCAGAGUCUCAGGAAGAAGAAAAAAAAAAAAAAAUCAGGACACAUUCAUGAAUAUUUUGGUCUCCUGGAAAGAAAGAAAAAAAAAACCCACCUAAAACCUGAUCCACUGAUUUUACUCGUUCAGGGUCACUGAACAAAACUCUGGUACAUUAUGUUCGUACCUGUGCAGCUACAUUAAGAGCUCGCCAUUUAAGAGUUACCUUUCACAACAUCUGGAUUAAAGACAAAAUAAGAAGAGCAAUAUCAUACAGAUGCAGCAGAUCAAGACUUCCUACAUGUGACUCAUCACAGCACUUUGUGAAUAAGUCGAGAGCAGUCGAUGUAAUGGAAAGACACUCUGGGUCGUGAAUCCGCAGAUUAUGUCCGACUCUUGUCUCAACAGGGCAAUUUCAGGUUCUUCCAAGAUUAUUACUUUUGGUUCAUUCAGGCCUUCUGUGAAAAGAUGUUUUAUAUUCUUUAUGGACACUUUUAAAACAGACGGUACUCUGUCGAGAGGUCAUUCCCGAAGCACUAUUUAUCCAGUUUCUCUACAGUGUGGAGCAUCCUGUCUAUAAAUGUUUUAUUUAUCAACCAGGGACUGAAGUGACCUCCUGUGUUUAAGAAAAAAAAAAAAGAAAAAAAAAAAAAAAAAAAAGUACAAUAAAUUAUUGAAACUGUUUUUAGCAACAACUAUGAGGAGUAUAUGUUUUUCCAGAUGGUGAAUAUCUGAUUACAGAGUCGAACUCAUGCUCGUCCCACACUUGUGGAACUUGAUUUAUUUUUGCC